AUCAUCCGAACGUUUGCACGUUCGCAGUCACGUUUCAUCACGGAAUUAGCAGCAGCAGAAGCAGCAGCAGCCGCAGAAGCAGUUGCCGCAGUUGCCGCCGCCAACGCCGCCACAAUGACGAUGAGUACAAAUAACUGUGAAAGCAUGACGUCGUACUUCACCAACUCGUACAUGGGCGCCGACAUGCACCACGGCCACUAUCCGGGCAACGGCGUCACCGAUCUCGAUGCCCAGCAGAUGCAUCACUACAGCCAGAAUCCAAAUCACCAGGGCAACAUGCCCUACCCGCGCUUCCCGCCCUACGACCGCAUGCCCUACUACAACGGCCAGGGCAUGGAUCAGCAGCAGCAGCAGCACCAGGGCUACUCCCGCCCGGACAGUCCCUCCAGUCAGGUGGGUGGCGUGAUGCCGCAGUCACAGACCAACGGCCUGCCCAGCGGUGGACAGCUGGUGGCCCAACAGCAGCAGCAGCAGCCCCAACAGCAGUCACAGAACCCACAGCAGCAGCAGCAGCAGGCGCAACAACAGCCGCAGCAGCAGCAGCAGCAGCAGCUCCAGCAACUGCCGCAAGUGACGCAACAGGUGACACAUCCCCAGCAGCAGCAGCAGCAGCAACAGCAACAGCAGCCUGUCGUCUACGCCAGUUGCAAGCUGCAGGCAGCAGUGGGCGUGGGUCUGGGCCUGGUCCCCGAGGGUGGCUCGCCGCCACUGGUGGAUCAGAUGACGGGCCAUCAUAUGAAUGCACAAAUGUCGCUGCCCCAUCACAUGGGGCAUCCGCAGGCGCAGUUGGGUUACACGGACGUUGGAGUUCCCGAUGUUACAGAGGUGCAUCAAAACCAUCACAAUAUGGGCAUGUACGGACAACAGCAGACGGGCGUGCCACCUGUUGGGGCACCGCCACAGGCGAUGAUGCACCAGGGCCAGGGGCCGCCGCAGAUGCAUCAGGGCCAUUUAUCGGGCCAACAUACACCGCCAUCCCAAAACCCGAAUUCGCAAUCCUCGGGGAUGCCGUCACCACUGUAUCCCUGGAUGCGAAGUCAGUUUGGUAAGUGUCAAGAACGCAAACGUGGAAGGCAGACGUACACACGCUACCAGACACUGGAGCUGGAGAAGGAGUUCCAUUUCAAUCGGUACUUGACGCGUCGGCGACGGAUCGAGAUCGCGCACGCCCUCUGCCUGACGGAGCGCCAGAUCAAGAUCUGGUUCCAGAAUCGUCGCAUGAAGUGGAAGAAGGAGAACAAGACGAAGGGCGAACCGGGUUCGGGCGGCGAGGGCGAUGAGAUCACGCCACCCAAUAGUCCGCAGUAGAGAGAGACACCGAGAGCGAGAGAGAGAGAGAGAGCGAUCGGAGGAGAGACGCAUUGGACACACACACUAUUAAAUGAAUUUCUAUCCUAAAUACAAUUUAUGUUUAUUUCGGAGAGCGCAACAACAGAAUUUACUUCGAUCCCAGAGGACUAUCUAUGUAUCUAUGUACUACCCCAUGUAUCUAUGUAUCUAUCCAAACCAAUCCAAUCCAAUCGAAUCCAAUCCGUUGAAACUAAACCUAAAGAAAGAAAGAAGAAGAGAAAACUAUACCUACAACUUAGUUAAUUGUUAUUAUUUUCUACUUAUUAUUUAAUUUUACACGAAUUGCAAAUGGAGAAAGGAUAGGCGUAAAGAUAAACGAUAAAAGAUAAAAGAUACAAGUAAAGCGUAAAACUCAAACAAAACCAACUCAUGUGACCUCAGAUCUAAAUAAGCUAUAUUUAAAUAUAAUGCAUAUACAUAUAUACCUAUGGAUAACUAUACAUGAUACCAACUAAAGCUAAAGCUAAAGCUACAGGCUACUGGCUAGGCAAGGCAAGGCAAGGAGUUAUAUGAGAAAUAAAUCUAUAUAUGAAGCAUAUAUACGUACGUACUACUACUAUAUACACGAUAACACUAGUUCUAUGCGUCAUAAGUAACUGUACGAUUAACUUAUAUAUACACACACCCCCCCUCCCCCCCUCGCCCUCUAAAAAACCCUAAAACUAAAUCAAUGUUUGUAGCAAUCUUAGCGCAAAAUAAAUAAAAACAAAAACGAAUAAAAACAACACCCGAAAAUGGCGUUAAAAUCCAUUUGCAUUGAGAAUCCCCCAUAAAAUAGAUUGACAGAAAAACUAUAAUAGAGAUCUUUUGUGUCUGCAAAUUUAGACAAAGAAAUACCAAAACCAAUGGAAAGACGUUGCUUAAAGUAAACAAAAACGUUUUACAUAUACAAUAACAAAAAACUAUAAUAAAAAAAAAACAAAAAAAAAAACAUUUAAAACGAAAUUUGUAUAAAAUAUUUUCGGCCACUUUUGAACUUUUGAAAGUCUCUUUCUACCCAUGGAAAUUUUAGAGACCUUUUAAUUUCGGUUUUUGCGUAUGUUUUCUUUUUAAUUUCUUGUGCAAUUUUUUAGUUCUUGCAAAAAAUAAAACUCGAAUUAGGUCGUAAAGGAUAUAAAGUAUACCGAAAUGCAACAAAACAAAAAACAAAACAAAGAAGAAUAUUGGCAAAAAUGAAAAUGAAAUUUAUAUUGUUAACAGAAACGAAGAGAACACAAAGAAUAUGUAUAAAUAAAUGAAGAAAACAAAACAAAAACCCAUGUAAAGUAGAUCAAUAUUAGAGGAUGAUAAAGAGAGAUCGGAGGAGAGUCCCAAUUUGAAUGCAGAACGAUUUCUAUCUAUAUAGUUUAUCGCCUAACAAAAACCACUAUAUGAAUGUAUGUACGUAACUCAAACUCAAUUUCCACAGCUGUGGAAAUCCAUAUACCAAAGCAAAGAAAAAAGGAAAAUGAAUGGAUAGCAAGGGAACUAAAACUAUAAAGCAUCGUAUGUUUAUAUGUAGAUAUAUAUAUAAUUAAACACAAAACACCUAAGCAUAAAGCAUGUAACUUUGUAGAGAAAGAGUUUCGUUUUGUAAAUCCCCAACAAAAAAACCAACAAAAAACCCCCCCAGACCCCAGUCAAAAAGUGGAGGAAUCAUUCGGGAACCAUGAGAGGCGGAAUAUUCCACUCAAUCCAGAUACGUAACUUUCGGCCUCAUUCUGUAAGAAACUAAACUAAGUUUCAAAUCAAAAAAAGGAAAAGAAAAGAAUAAAAAAAAAAUUGGAAAAUUGGACAAAUAGAAUGUAGAAAUUCACAAGAGACAAAAUUCGAACGCGUUGAUUUAAAACUAAAUAUAUACUCAAACAUUUAUGCGAAAUUGAGAGGGAAAUGAAAUGAAAUGUGGAUGCUAAAUAAUUUGUUGUAAAUAAAAAUUAAAUUUUAGUGUAAACAAA